AUGGAGAGCGCGACCGCCGUCCCGUCGCUUGACAACACGUUCGGUGCACAUCUUCUCGGAUCGUUUGUCAGUCUCAUUUUCUAUGGAGUCGCCUUGCAUCAAGGGUACAGGUACUUUCGCAAUCGCCGCAAUGACGCCUCGAUCAUAGGUUUCCUGGUCGCGGUAGUUUUCACCCUCGAUCUCGCGCAGAUGAUCCUAAUCAUGCAUAGCAACUAUUAUUUCCUUGUAACCCACUACGCGAGCCCAGCGGCGAUUACUCGGUCGGUCUGGUCCUUGAACCUGAUCCCACUCGUCGGGGCAUCCGUCACAUGCACUUCUCAAAGUUUCUUCCUGCGACGCCUCUCUCUUAUCUCCUAUACAUAUACGCUCGUGGCUGUAUUUGCGGCGCUGUUCUUCCUCGGUUCUACAGUCUUCGCCAACAGGGGAUUCACCACGGACUCCUCGAAGUUCCUUCUCAACGAGAGGCUGCUCUCCGGCUUCGCCCUCGGGGCGGCGCUGAUCGCGAACACGGCGGUCACCCUCUCGCUCAUCAGCGUGAUCGUGCGCUCGCGCUCGCGCGCUCGCGAGCCUGCGCACAACGCGUCGAAGCGGCCGCAGACCCUGGCAGACAAGUGGACGAUAUACGUCGUCAAUACCGGCUCGCUCAUCGUGCUGUGCGAGAUUGUGGCACUCGUCCUGGCCGUGUCCCUGCCCCAAGACCUGUGGUGGGGGUUCUUCUACCUGAUUCUCGUACGACUGCACGUGAUUACGUUCCUGAGCGUCCUCAACGCGCGCCAGUCCGUCAUGGACGACGGCUCGGGCGGGGACUCGAGCCCGUACGCCCGCCACACCUUCGCGCGCGCGACGCGCCUCGCGACGGUCGAACGCUGGAACGUGCCGCAGCUCCCCAACGAGGCCCCCCCGGCGGUCAUCGACAUCAAGAUCACGCAGGAGGUCGAGGGCGAGACGGAGAGCAUGGCGUACGAGACCCGGAGCGCACCGGGCCACGGGGAACGCAAGGGGAUGGACAGUCGGACGUCGUGGUGA